UCGCCUAUGGAGAAAGAAUAGGAACCAAAACGCUUCAGUCGAUUUGAAUCGAAAUUUUGACGAAAGUUUUGGAAAAUAUGGAACAAGUCAAGAGCCAAGCAGCGACAGUUACUGCGGGCCAUACCCUUUUUCGGAGCCAGAGACUAAGGCACUAUCGUCUUUCAUCUUGCCUAUUCGAAAGGAAGUGAAAUAUUACUUCGCUAUUCACGCCUAUGGGCAGAGGAUUAUUAUUCCGUAUGAGGACAGAAUACAGCACUUGGAAAAUUUUGGAGAAAUGGAGAAUUACAGCCGACAAGCGAUACGGAAGAUGUACUUACGAAACCACGUUAAAUUUUGCACUGGAACUGUGUAUGAUACUAUGGGUAUAAGAAUGUCAGGAACUAGCGCAAGUUGGAUGAAAAAAGAAAUGAAAGUUAAAUACGCCUACACAGUUCAAGUGCGUGACAACGGGACGUAUGGCUACGCGUUGCCGAACGACCAGCUCCGGCCGAUGUGUGAGGAGACCAAAUUGAUGAUGCAAGAGCUCAUGACGGCCAAACCGAGAUACGUCAGAUCACUAUUCGCGGAUGAUUCUAAUGUGAAUGGAAUGUUCCUCCCGCUUAUGUUGUUUUGUGCUAUCGUAAUUGUAACAUUGAAAUAA